AUUGCUUGUCCGCUCUGGCUCGCCGUCCUUCAUCAUGGCGUUUGCUGCGCUGCAGCUGAGGCAGCCCCUGUGCCCGGGAGCGCGCGGCCUCCGUACCUUCUCCUCAGUCGCCAGGCCCGCGGCUCCGAGAGCCGGCCCGCGUACCGUAUCCAGAAGUGAAAGGCCGAUGAGAAGAAAGGCACUGCCUCCUAGGACAGAGAAGAUGGAUACUGACCAGGACUGGCCCAGUGUUUACCCCACUGCGGCGCCAUUUAAACCCUCAGCUGUUCCUCUCCCUGUUCGAAUGGGGUAUCCAGUAAAGAAGGGUGUGCCCAUGUCGAAGGAGGGGAAUCUAGAGCUUUUAAAGAUUCCAAAUUUUCUGCACUUGACUCCUGUGGCAAUUAAAAGGCACUGUGGAGCCCUGAAAGAUUUCUGCACCGAGUGGCCAGCUGCACUCGACAGUGAUGAGAAAUGUGAGAAGCAUUUUCCAGUUGAGAUUGAUACAGCGGAUUAUGUGUCGUCAGGACCGUCUAUUCGAAACCCCAGAGCGCGAGCAGUAACGUUAAGGGUUAAACUUUCCAGUUUGAAUUUAGACAGUCAUGCAAAGAAGAAACUUAUUAAGCUUGUAGGAGAGCGGUACUGCAAGACCACUGAUGUGCUCACUAUCACAACAGACAGAUGUCCUUUGAAGCGGCAGAACUAUGACUAUGCAAUGUAUCUUCUCACAGUCCUGUACCACGAAUCUUGGAAAACUGAAGAAUGGGAAAAAAAUAAGACUGAGGAAGACAUGGACGAAUAUGUGUGGGCAAAGAGCUCCUCGGAGAGCAGUGUCCUCCAGACCCUGCUGCAGAUGAGAGCUGCUGAGAUGAGCGUGACGCCCAGCAGAGAAGAGCUGCUGGGGACUAAAGAGGUGGAGGAUUACCAGAAGUGUGUUGUUCGUCUCAAGAAUGAGGGGGAGAAUGAGGCGAGCCUCGCUCAGUACAAGGAGUCUGUGAAGAGACUGUUAAAUUUGGCAUGAAGUCUAAACUUGAAGGCAGCUGUUUCAGUUGUAUGAUGUGUCUAGUCACUGAUUUGAUAUAAAUGGGAGAAUACUUAAGAACAUUGUCUUAUGUCAGGGAACAUUGCGCCUUUCAGACUCCUGUGCCCUGUGGUGGUGGUGGUGGGGCUAGGGAUUGUGGUUUCUCUGGUUCUGGCAUGUUUUGACUUUAUUUCUACACAUCUCCACAUCACCAGUUACAGAGUGAAAUUGUUUUGUUAGCUGCUGUGUCUCCACUGUUCAGGUUUAGUGAUUGCUUUUGAUCAAUAACUUUGGUUACUAAGGAUACCUAGCCUGGUGCCUGACUGAGCGAGCCCUCGGUGCCCCUCAGUGGCCAGCCCCAAGGAGGCUGCACUCUUCCAUGGACAGCAGCCAGGUUAGCUCUUGCUCCUCACCUACCCCAGCGUCACACAUACAGGGCUCUGUCUCAUAAACUUCACUUAGCAGCAGACAGAAAACUCUUCAGGUAGGAGUUCCUUUAUAGCUGGUCUUUCCAGGUGACUUAGUUUCAUGACAGCACCUUAGGUGGUGGCACAGCAGCUGGUUUCUGUUAUGAGAGCAGAGAACACAGACAACAAAAGAGUCCUGGGGGAUGUAAAGCUAUCAUGGCAAAACCUGCAUCCAGACGUGCUGUCCACUUCCUGAUUUAGGCUUGUGUAAGUAGGGGAUUGGAGUUUCCGUGUGGAAACAAGGUGAUUGGCUGCAGGGCUCGCAGCUGCCUGUCUUGCAGUCUGAAGUUCUCUGGCUCCUUGUGGCCAUUUGAUGUCACGUCAGCUCUGAUUGGCUCUGAUUGGCUAGCCUCUGGCUCUAGAGCUCACUAUCUCAAGCCCCACUGGCAGGAAGGACAAGUGGAGAGCUGCCCACAGCCUUCUCUGUUCCUCCUGCCCUGUAGUCAGCAGCUCAGGAGAAGACACAGGCCAGGACGGGAGAGAAGUAGCAACAGAUGGGCUGCAGGUCAGGGUGGGGCGAGUUGCUUUGUAGUCUGUGAGCUUGGACCCAGGGCCUUAUGCAUGCUCAGCCCACACUGCCACUAAGCAGCGCCUCCAGCCCCAUUCCAGUAUUUUUAAGUGUAUCUAAAGUCAUUGAACAGUUAUAGAAAAUGAAACUAGGCUUUGGAAUUAGUUAUGUCCAAGGUAGACAGACUAUAGAGAACAAGAAUGGAGCUGUAUAGGCGUGUGUGUGUGUGUGUGUGUGUGUGUGUGUGUGUGUGUGUCAAGGAAUCAUUCUCAAACAAGUGUGGAACUGGGUAGGGUCAUUGCAUAGAGGUGAAUAAAAAGCCAGACAUAUAAAUGACCUUUUUUUGUUACAUCAAAAGCAUGUUUAAAGGAGUUUUUGGGGCUGACUGACACAGAUAACAUGUUUCUAGUACACAGAAGCUGAGGGGAGGGGGAUGAGUUUUAUUUUUAAUUACAUGUCUGUGUAUGUAACUGUGUGUGGUAUGUGUGUGUGUGUGCAGGUACCCAGAGAGGAUCAGAUCCCCUGGACAUGGGUUCUGGAACUGAAUUCAAGUUCUCUGUAACAGCAGUGUGUGUUCUUAACCACUGAACCAUCUUUUUAGCCCCCUGAUUUUUAUUUAUGGCAUAUCAUCACUUUAAAGACUCCUGUGGAGUGACAGAAAGUGGGUACAGAGCAGGGGUAAAGGGAGCCUGGGACAUAGGACCCGGAUGGACAUCAGGGGACAGGUGAAGUAUAGUUCCAUAGGGCUGUCUGGUAGUGCAGUACUUAUAAGAAUAGGGGCAUCCUGGCCAUGUUAAAAAACUUGACUGUGCCUUUGCACUCAGCUUUUGUUAUUAUAGGAGAAUCUUUCCCUAAGGCAGGAGCUAACUUCAAAGGAUCUGAACACUUGGCCUUGUCUGAAGAACCAGCACUAUGAUCCAGGGUGGGGCCUGGGUCAUACAACUGAUGGCUGUGAUUAGGUAACCGGCAGCCAUACUUCUGUGGCAGCCAUACUUCUGUGGCAGCCAUACUUCUGUGGCAGCCAUACUUCUGUGGCAGCCAUACUUCUGUGGCAGCCAUACUUCUGUGGAUACUUUGGAUAACCAGGUGUGGUAGCCUGUACCUAAAAUGCUAGCAUGUACAAAGUCAAACCCAGCAUGGGCUACAGGAGAUCCUGUUUGAACCAAAAAACAAAAAACCCUCUUGGACAUUGGUAGGUCUGUUCUAUGCAGCUGUUACACAGUGGCCUUGGGAGAGUGCUCUGGCCUGACUCCAGUGAGAGAGGACCUUUGAGCCCCAGCACUCAGAACUGUCCUGGAUCAAACUGCCAUCUCUCCUGGGCCACGUUAACCAGUCUCCUUUCCCUGAAGGAUACCUGACUGAGCCCAGAGUUCUAAUGAGUUUCCCAACCUGGGAGUGGCUUUGCAAACACCAAAAACCAUGUUUGGUGAGAAGUGAGGUGCUGUGCCUUAACUGGCCAAUUCAGGUCAGAGGGCUCGGGCCACUGUCACUAGUGGAGAAUGGCAAGAACUUACUGUGUCGCUAGCCUGCUGUAUCUGCUUCUUGACUUCCCUCGGUCUGCAUUGCCUCUCAAGGUAGCUGAAGGCAGAGGACCCGGCUGAAGGACAGUUGGGUGCAUUUGUUUCCUUAUAAAGGUAAACAAGUCAGUGUCCCAGAAGGAACAUCUCUUUGAACCUCUACUGUGUUGGAAAAUCCCUGAACAAUUCAUACAAAUUAAAACUAAAUUUGGGCCUGGGCAUGCUCACACACGCCAGAGGCUCAGCACUUGGUAGAUCAUGAGUCCAGGUCGUCGUCCUCUGCAUAGCUAGACCCUCUCAAAGCAGCAAAAACGUAAACAGCGUUUGAAAGGCUAUUUGAAUACAGACUAUCUAUAGAUACAGUUUCAUGAAUUACUUGUUUAAAUACAAUUUUAGGGAGCAGGAAUCCCAACAGUGCUAUUAUAAAUAAAGUUUAUGAUCACUUAAAGCUGGAUAUUCUUUCUAUAAUUGAUGUAGAACUGUAUAAUGUAUUAGGAAAGAAAUUGGUAAAGUUUAUGAAGCCUAAUAUCUUGAAUCAUGAGCAAGUCAAGAUAUGUUUUUAGUUGGAUUUUUAUCUUGUUUGAUACUCUACUGAUAAAAUGUUUUCUUCCUCGUG